UUGGUAAGCCUACAUCUCCUUUCGCGACAUCAUCCUAACCUUUGGACCGAACGGUGUGGCUUUGACCAGGAAAACAACAUCGCUGCCGUUUACGGGAAACGCCGGAGCGAGCAUAUCAGUUGAAUGUUGACACACUGUGAUGAUCAACUUUACUCCAAGGCAGGUCAAUAGAUAACCCAGACAAAAAAUCAACAAGUGCCGGGCGGCAGUGAAGUCGAGGCACGUGGAUUCACGACCCCGUGAACCGACCAACGUGGCCCCCCCGUCCACAAAGAACUACCCUCUAUUGUUCCACGUUUUAUUGGUUACUUUUGAAAACCUGUGCACAAACUUUGCGCUGAACCACGCGCGGUUUGCAUUCUCGGUUCAAUACUGCUGGGAGCGGACCGUGCGUGCAUGUGCGAACGGGCAGACACACACACACUGCCGACGACGACGAUGAUGAUGGUGACGAUGCUAUCUCUGCCUCUCGUCUUGACGCUGAGUGUCACAUCGUGGGCCCUUCCCGUGACCCAACCGCCGGACACCUGCGUCGUCUUCUGGAGGUCAUCGCACCUGCCAGACAACAGUAAAGAGUUGGCGAUAAAUCAUCUGGAUCCACGGGAAUUAAUGACCGCCAAGCAGAGCGUUCUUCUGGCCAUCAACGCCUACAAUACCCACGACCCACACCCUCGGUGGUACGAGGAGCGUGGACUCACGGAGAUGUACGCGGUGGACGCGGACGGGGGGGAGAAGCAAUUCCUCGUGACGUUCCACGUGGCCGAGACGAAGUGCCCAAACAGCCGAGAGCGCUUCAAGCACGCCUUCUGCGCGGAUCGCGAGAACGCGAUCCGUGGCUGCUGCAUGGCAAGCGUGUCGGCAUUGUCGGGAAAGGGACUCAAAGCCAAUUACGUCAUAUGCAAUGUCAACGCCACGGGGAAUGAGACAGAGUUCUACUGGGUCAGCGAGCGGACCGUCGUGUCGCAGGAUGAGCCCCCGGCCGUUCCCGCCGCCGUCACGGAAGCCGCGAUCCAGUUGGCGCUGUACAACAUGACCUCCUCCGUGGCGCUCAUCCUCGACUCGCUCAACACCAACCUGUGGCACAUCCAAUAUGCGCAGUGGAUUAGGCAGGAAGGAAGUGAGAAGAUCACGUUGGAAGUGAGCUCCACGCUCACGACAAGCACCAAAGUCGUUGAUCCGCGGGAUGAGACGGACGGCUUCUGCCCCUCUGGGAAAAUGAACGCCGACUGCACCACGACGGUGACUCUGGCCAAGUGCAGCAACAGCAACAGCAGCAAACGCUCCGGCAAGCGGUGCGAUUCUGAGCCGCAGCUUGCCGGGACCAGCGGGUGGACGUUGGAGGACGUGGAGAGCGAUUGCGACAUGACAUGCAGCGCUGCCGUGGGUGGAUUGUCGCGCGUGUCUGGAGGCAGCGGAAGGUGCCCCAAAAAGGUCAUGAAUACCAAGCGACGACUAUUCUGCUGCCGCUCCAUAGCGUGCCAGUGAAGCUGACGGGCUGGUCCGAGACGCCAAACUCCUCCACGUGUGCACGAUACGAGGGGCUAAUAACACUUUCACCCCCCUCCCCGGCCACUGCCGCUACAACAGUCAUACACGGCUCUCAUUCCGCACACACAGGAGGGUGGGGGGUUGCAAAAUCGAGGCUGAAUUCGCAAAAAUAAAACAUCCUCGUUGCGUGGAAACUCACCACCGUCGCAGGAUGAAGUGGAAUAUCCCACGCGAUCGGUGAGGUUGGGAGCAAAGUGGUGAGAUGGGGGGUUCCAUCUGGAGAGAGUGGUGUCUGCCCCGUUUGUUGUUUUAUUUAUUAGUACAUUACCUCCCACUCGUAGACGCGCUGCAAUAAGCUGCGGUGCUCGAUCCUGGUCUCAAGCAGUCAUGGAUGAAGUGUGCUGCACGCUGUAUCACCAAACUGGACUCCAGCAUAAUCACUAUCCUCAAAGGUCAAUCAUUAUAAUAAUAAUGCCUUUUUGUAAUAUUAUUGGUGUCUUGUGGAUACUCUGCAAUAUGCGAGACACCGCCUGGAUAAAAAAAAACAAGUGUGCUGUGCAGACGUCCGAACCAUGGGCUAAUGGGAACACCAUGCGAGCAAAGAUUAGAUUUCCCCUGCGUGGAAUAGGACGACUUUCUUACGCAGUCUACAGCGCAGCACAGACGUUUCCUUCGAAUAAUUAGAACGUUGACACCGUAUCCACAGUGCUAUAUUUACACACUCGUGUGUACAUGGCUCCCAGUUUUUUUAGGGACCCCCCAAAAGAGUGUCCUUCUUGAUUAACCUCUUCGUAUAUCUGGCUGUAUCUCUCUGUCUUUGUACCUAUCUCUCUGCAUGUCCCUCUCCACGUGGCUCCGUGUCUGUAUUUCUACAUCGCAUCUUUAUUUGUGUGCCCCUAUCUCGACGUACAUAUUGCCACAUUGAACUCUACGUCAUCGGCGUGUCUGCCUCUCUGUGUCUUCACGUCGCCUUUCGCUCUCCGUAUCUAUCUGCGUGCGUCCGUCUCUCGCUGAGUGUGCACAUUUCUUCUCCGGUCGUGUGUGUGUGUGUGGGCAGCGGCAGUGUAGUGUUUAGCGCACUACGCUACGAAUCCGGCGGCCCGAGAUUCGAUUCCCAGUCACGGUGAACAUCGGUGUGACGUGCCGGUCGUGCGUCCGCCACCACUCCUCAUCCAGCCCACCACCCCUGCCCCAGGUCGCAUCGUAUUCACACGAGUCCCGAGUACGGUGCGUGAACAUCGGCAGCUCCCCAACAUACAGCGGCUUGCUUUUGGCUCAGCCAUCAAACAAAGGCGGUGGUCACGGCAUCGCGCGGCGCUUUCAGAUGCGCUUCCGCGGCCGUCGGGAACACGCUUCCGUUCCGAUACUAGGAAGCCCCUGGAGCUAUGCACUUUAAAAAGUGUGGUUCUGCCAGACCCCAACCCCUUGUGUUGUUGCGUGACGGCCUUGAUGGGUGCUCGCUGCACGGGUGUUCCUUGUUUUUCUGCGCGUCUCGAUCUUACCUUUCUCUCUCUGCGUCUGUCUGCGUGUCCAUUGCUCCAACUAGGCCCCCCUCCAGACCCACCUGCACAGGGCACCACUUAGUGCUGACAUGUCUCUGUACAUUCACACACGCACAAAUAUCUCCCACGGUCAGCUGCAUAUAGAGAUCAACCAGGCGCGCGUGAUGUUAGCCUCGAGUUCAGGACCGUAUUAGAAGGAACAGGCUUCGCCUCUCCCUUACCCAGCCGGAUUUACUUCCAGAGUGCUGCUGUAGUUGCCUCCGGUAACUCCACUGCAACAGAUGCUCAUUUCAGGGUGAGUUGAUCUCGUGAAAUCUACUCCCAACAGCUUUAAAUACCACUCGUGACCAGGUGUCUCGAGUGUGUGUUCACCACGGAACUCUGUCAAAAGGCGAAACUGCAUGCGCACGUACGAUUACAUGAAAGCAGUGUGUGUUUGUGCACAUGGCUACGAUUUGGCAUGAGAUUCAAGUCUCGGUAAAUAAAUAAAUAAAUGCUUAGCACGUCCACCUCCGGAGACACGUUGCAAAGUUAUAAAACUUGUAUUAAUGUUGUCCUAGAUUGCAAUGUACAGACUCGAUGGUGGCGGUCACAAUGAUGAAUCUAAAUGUACUCAAACACGAAAAUAAGUGCUCACAUCCAGACGGUAUUUGUUACUCACCACUGCGUACAAAGUGUUGUAGGAAGGCCACUUUACACAUUCGUGUCACACACGAACAUGGUGUUCUAAUUAAGCCGAGCAUGAUGACAAUCAGAGAUUCUUGUAAUCGCUGCUCUUCUCCUUGCCUCAUAUUGGCAUGUCAGCAGACUUGAAAGUUAAUUCAAAAUUAUUUUUUUCUUCCUUGGUUCUUUCGGUAAAGUCACGUAUAGA